CAUAAGUAAUAUUUUUUUAAAAUUAGAGCAUUUUUAUAUAUAGUUUUAUAUAUGCAUAUUAUAUAUACAUUUAUAUAAUAUAAAAGAAUUUGAAAAUGUCAUUCUUAAAUAAUUUAAAGAAAGUGCUCCAUUUCGGUGGAGGCACCGAUAGCAAAAAGAAAAAGCUUUACAAUAACAUAAGAAUGGAUAUAGAUCCAAAGGAAUAUUGGGAUAUGGUAGGAGAGCUUGGAGAUGGUGCCUUUGGUAAAGUGUAUAAGGCGCAAAAUAAGCUAACGGGUGAAUUUGCUGCAGCUAAAAUGUGCGCAUUGGAAGGUGAAGACGAUCUCAGUGAUUUUAUGGUUGAAAUCGAUAUACUUUCGGAAUGCAAACAUCCUAAUGUUGUUGAAUUGCACGAAGCAUUUUUUAUUGAAGAGCAACUAUGGAUGCUUAUAGAAUACUGUGAUGGUGGUGCCUUGGAUAGUAUAAUGGUAGAAUUGGAAAAGGGAUUAAGUGAACCUCAAAUUGCAUAUGUCUGUCAGCAUAUGUGUGAAGGUUUAAGUUUUUUGCACAAAAGUAAGGUUAUACACAGAGACUUAAAAGCUGGUAACGUACUCUUAACUAUGGCAGGGGGAGUUAAAUUGGCGGAUUUUGGAGUUUCAGCAAAGAACAAGCAUACAUUACAAAAGCAUGAUACAUUUAUUGGUACACCUUAUUGGAUGGCUCCUGAGUUAGUACUGUGUGAAACAUUCAGAGAUAAUCCUUAUGAUUUUAAAGUUGAUAUUUGGUCAUUAGGAAUCACUUUAAUUGAAUUAGCUCAAACUGAACCACCCAAUCAUGAAAUGUCUCCUUUACGAGUUUUGCUGAAGAUACAAAAAAAUGAUCCACCAAAACUUGAUGCUCCAUCAAAAUGGUCAAAGGAUUUUAAUAAUUUUUUAGCAAAAGCUUUAACUAAAGAUCCAAUGCAACGUCCCUCAGCAGAUGUUUUACUUAAACAUCCUUUCAUAUGUCGAGAAAUAGAUUCAAAACCUAUAAGAGACUUGUUAUUAGAAUACAAAGCAGAUGUUGUUGAAGAAGAAUUAUUAGACUUGGAAGAAUCUGAAGAAAACCGAAACUCUGCAAUGCCAAUAGAUGUUGAAACACAAUCUGUCCAGGACAUAGAUAUAGAUGCUAAGAGCUUGAAGAGUGAAAAUGCUGUGGAAAUUCCUGUGGAAGAGCCAAAGGUAAUGGAACCAGUUAAACCUAUUGAUAUUCCUAAAGAAGAAAAAGUAGUGGAGAAAUCAAGUGAAAACAAACGUGAAGUCGAACAGGAAAAUCAUACCGAAAAGAAGAAAGUUAAAAAGCAAUUGGCACCUGAUCCGAUUACCGAUGUUGAGAAGAAAUCUGUGAGUGGAAAAAGGGAAAAGGGUCCUGCACCAGCUCCACCAAUUGGCAAUGUAGUACCUCCUGCACCUCCUUUACCUGUACCUCUUACAUCUCAAACAAUAAAUACUAUAGAAGAAAUUUCUGAAUCUUCUAAAACUGAUAGCACGGAUAAUGUUUCUACUCAAUGUAAUAAAAAUAUCCCAGUUAUUAACUCAAUGCCCGAAGAUGCUAUAAAAUCUCCAAUUGAUAAGACUGAGCCAAAGUGUGAGGCUAUAGCUACUUAUGAGAAACCGGAAAAACAGGUUUCAGAAAAUAUUAAGCAACUUGUGGAGAAAGUUGAGAAAACAUUAAAUAAACAAAAACCACCAUAUACUAUUCCAGAAAAAGGUAAUAAUGGCAAUGCUCUGUUACAAGAAGGAAAGGAAGUUGUCGUUAGUAAUGAUGUGUCUAGAAUUAUUUCAGUAAGUCCAAAUAGUGGAAGCAGCCCUGAGAAUUUUGAUUCUCUGAGAAUGUCACCUGUUGAGAAGUCUAAACCUGUUGUAUCAAUCAUUUCUUCUUCUCCAAAUGCUGAAAGAGCAAAGCCAAAUACAUCCACUGUAACAAUUAACACUGAGUUACCUGAUUUAUCCAACAGUCUGGCCAGUAACAUCAGCCAAGUUACUGUUGUGACCAUGCAUCCUCCUAUUAUUAUUGAUGGUCACGUCCUUCCAAAUAAAGGUAACAUGGACAAAAAUGAAGUUAUAAUUGUGGCAAAUGAUACUAAUAAAACGCAAAUAAAUGAAUCAUCAACUGAUGAUGAUUGUUACCCAUCUUUGGAUUCAUUAGAAUAUUCUUUAAGUGGAACAAAUGAGUCUUCCAGCAAAGAUCCAAUCAAAGGACAAAAAUUAGAUGAAAGUGAAGUUGUAAUUGUUAAUUCCAGCUAUGUGAAUGUAAAUGAUUCUGGUUUUACUAGUCCCGAGUCUGAUGAAACAAAAUCUCGCGAUAUGAGUCAUGUAUCAGUGGUAUCAGUAGGUGAAGCAAAAAUUGAAGUCAAAGAUUCUUCAGCUAUCAGUGUUUCUAGUGAAUCUGAUGUUCGCGGAAAUGUUGGCGAUUCUAAUUAUUCUCUAAAAAGAAAUUCUCAUUGUGAUUUAUCAAGUAUUUCAACUGGCAGGAGUACGAGUAGUAAAAGUGAUUCUGGAGAUGAAACUCGCAACCUAUCUCAUGCUAUUGCCAAACAUAAUAACAAGGGCGGUAAAGAAAAUUCGCAUAUUUAUCAACCAAAUGGUCGGGAAUUUUUAGCUCACAGCCGAGAAAAUGUCAGUUAUAUUAAAAGGCAAGAGCGAGAGAAAAAAAUUAAACAGAAAACAGUUGUUGAUAAGCGUGAAUCACCUGACAGUUCUGUUGGUUCUGUUGAUUCUGAAUGUGCUUCACUUUGUAGUCGUGGUGUCAAAGAUCGGUCAGAUGCCGAAAGUAUUUCUACCACAGCUAGUCAUGAUAGUCAUGCUGGUACACAACCAACCAAUCCUGCCGAUUUAGAGGAAGAAGUUAUUCUUAGAAGGAAGAAUGAUGGUGCUUCUGAAAGAAGCACUUUUUCCAAAGAAGAAUUGCAUAUUCGAAACUUGAAGAAGAAAACUAGGAAGCGCACUCGUAAAUUCGAAAUCGAUGGCGUCAUUGUCACAACAACUACCAGCAAAGUCAUUUAUGGAGAUGAGGAAAAUGGUAGAGUUUAUGAUGAUCAUAUUUUUAGGAAACAAGAGUUACGAGAACUAAAAAUGUUACAAAAACAAGAACAAAAGCAAUUUCAAGAUCUGUCGCAGAAAGAGCAUCUUAAUAAAGAUCAACAAGACAAACGAUUUGAUCAAGAACGUCUUACGCUUGAAAGAAAUUAUGAGUCUGAUUUAGAAUCAUUGAGUCAUCAACAAAGACAGCAGGUUGAAAAGGCUGAGUCUCAAAAUGAAGCCGAAAUGAAAAUGGCUUCGAAAAAAAUACGCGCAGAGCAAGAACGAGAACUGAAAUUAUUCCGUGAAGGUUUAAAACAAGAGUUACGACUAUUAAAGCAAGAAGUCGAUCUCCUACCAAAGGAUAAGCGUAAGGACGUUUUCAGAGUACGCAAGCAAGCUUUAGAAAUAGAGCAUGAGGAGAGAGAACGAGCUUUCUUGGGCAAUUUAAACGAUAAUCACGAGAGUUCUCUUCGCCGCCUGAGUGAAUCACAUCACGACCGAAUUGCAUUAAUGGAUCGCCAAUUCCUUCAGCAGAAACAACAAGUGAUGAGAACCCGUGAAGCGUUGCUUUGGGAGCUUGAAGAAAAGCAAAUUCAUGAAAAACACCAACUUGCUAAACGUCAACUAAAAGACAUAUUUUUCCUGCAAAGACACCAGAUGAUAAUAAGACAUGAAAAAGAACUGGAACAAAUCAAACGUAUGAAUCAAAGAAAAGAGGAAGAACUUCUCAAACGGCAAUCUGGUGAAAAGCGUACAUUGCCAAAACGCAUUCGGGCUGAAAUGAAGGCUAGAGAAAUGAUGUUCCGUGAGUCUUUACGUAUCAGCGUCAUCCCUGAUGCCGAGCAGGAGAGAGAUAAAUUGAAGAAAUUUCAAGAAAAUGAAAAGAAACGCUAUCGAGCGGAACAGCAACGUUUUGACUUGAAGCACCAGCGACAACUGGAGGAAUUGAGAGCUACUAGUGACGCCACGAUUCGAGAGUUGGAGCAGCUGCAAAAUGAGAAAAGGAAAAUGCUGCUGGAGCAUGAAACUUCCAAGUUGAGAGAGAGGGAUGACGCAUACAGCGCGGAAUUAAGAGAGUGGAAAGCAAAAUUGACUCCUAGAAAACAACGAUUGGAAGAAACUUUUGCUAGGCAAUUGGAGGAACAAGAGCAAGAAUUUGGGCCAUGCGUAUCAUCUGGUUCUAUGCGUAUACCCAGAUCCCCAAGAGACAAUAGAGGGGCGAUGUAUCUAGAUCGAUAACGUAAUUCGGCAAAAAUUUAAUUUUUUUUUGUUAACAUUUGUUACUGUAUUGUAUAGAUGUACCAUAAAUAUUAUAAUAUUUUAUACAAAUUUACAAAUUUUAUAAAAUAUAGUUUAUAGUAUUGCUUGUAUAUAGAGUCAAAUUCUGCAUUCUUUAACCCAUGCAUUAAAGUUGAAGUAAGGUAA